AACAAUCCAAACUUUAUGGUUGUAAUUUGUAAUUUAGUCAAAAAUAAACAAAUCUCAACGGCGGCGUUUCGCCAUAUAUCCGAUUUAACCGCUUAUCGCUGCCGUCAUCGAUUGCCAAAAGGCCCAAAACCCCUCUCUCUCUCUCUCUCUCUACGAGUGACGACAAUGGCUUCCGAUGGAGUUCCUCCUAUAAUCGCUGCUCAGCUCAACUACCUUCUCUCUCACUUUCCCCUCAGUGUUAAGAUUGAACAUUUGUGGUCCGGUAGCAAGUUCUCCACUGGAGUCAUUGACCGCUUCACAAUAGUCAUUCCCUAUUGCCUUGACUUCAUAAAAUGGGAUUUUAUAUACAAUUCAGAAUCGCCAAUUUCUGCGCCGGAUGUUAUAUUUGGAGCCGAAGAUGAAAAUUUUCUUUCAUUUCUGGCAAGGAAUGAUGGAGUUGAAGGUAAUGCAAAUUCGGCGAAGAAUUGUUUAUCUGAUUGGAAUGGCAAGGACCCAACGCGGCUUAUGGUUCUUCUUCAACAGCUUAGGGAUCAAUAUAUGAACUAUCAGAGAAAGCGUGUUGAUGAAGUCGAUGAUGAUAGGUUGAAAUUUGAAGUUAGCACUAUUGCGUUUAGGGAGGGAAUUGAAAUGCAUUUGAGUUCUAGUGCUGAAAAGCCAGAGGAGGUGAAGUUUGCAGUGCCUCUUACAGAAAUGAACAUUGAUAAGAUGGUGCACGGGUGCCCUUGGAGACAUUCACCAAAGAUAUACUUGCAGGUUAUCUACCCUGUUGGGAGAAAAUAUGUAUCUGCUUCUUCAGCACCUCGUCUGAAAUUACUAUCUACCUCUGACUUGAAGUCUAUCUUUUCUAUUGAAGAUUUCAAACUUCCUCCAUGGUUGGAUGGAAUGUGCAUGGCAGAAUAUCUUCCCCAUCUGGAAGAAUCUCUUGAGAAACAGAUCUUGGAGGCAGUUUCACUUAUUGAUGUUAGAAGGCGCUUUAUUGAGUCAUUAGCCCCUCUGUUCGGAAGGCCGUUAGAAGCUGAUCCGAUCUUUUGCAGAAAGGCAACAUUUCUUGCUGGCUCUGGGGCAUUUACAUUCCUGGUUCACUUCAGCAUUUCAACUCAGUUUCCAAAGCAGCAACCAGGUUUGAUGCUUCAAAGUUCUCAGCAUAUGAACUCCCACGGUGUACCAGCCAAGUCACCUCUUAUUACUGAGUAUCCAUGGAGUCCAAGAUGGGAAACAUCAGUAAUGGCUGAGAAAAUCUUUGAGUUUUUGGUGGAUGAGGCUUUGAACUUCAAGAGGUACUGCAACGAGGCUCAACUACAACACUAGUGUGUAGUUACUGUUCUUUAAGCUCACUAUCACUCUAUUUGUGUAAAGUUUCUCCGUUGAUAUUCUUGUUUAAUAUGAUCAUAUAUUAAAGCUGUUGAUGCUUAUGUAUAAGUUACUUCCAGUGCAUGAUGACCUGAUUGUUUCUUUAGCUUGUUGAGGACCAAAUUUAAUGUGCCUUGCGUACAA